AUGUCUGCCGAUUGCCAUGUUUUCCAUGGUGAUAUUCCCCAAGACAAACGCGAACUUAUACUGCAGGUGUUUUUUUCGUAAUUUGCAGUAUUUCUGCGAAGUUCCUCGUUAACUACUUAGUUUUUUGCAACUUGUUUUCCACCCAACCUUCGUCACCAGCCAAUAUUUUUAUCCGCCUCAGAAAUUUCGCGAGGGUAAGUACAAGACACUCAUAACCACAAAUGUCGCUGCCCGCGGCUUGGACAUUCCCGACGUCGAACUCGUUAUCCAGUGUGCGCCACCAUCCUCAUCGGAAGACUACAUUCAUCGGUCGGGACGAACAGGGCGGGCAGGCAGAAAUGGUGUCAGUAUUUGCUUCUAUAGUAUGAGGCAGCGCCAGCAACUGGCUCAAAUCGAAAAUGGCACCGGCAUUUGCUUCCGCAGGAUUUCAGCUCCAUCCCCAACAGAUAUUGUCGAGGUUUGGGCAAGAGAACUAUCACAGUAUGUUUUGGUCUUUAUACUUACUGCCUGUGAGCUGUUUAAGAGGCUCUAUUUCUUUUGCCGCCCGCUAAAUGUCUAAUUUUCGGGAUGCCAGUGUCUAAAGUUGUAUGCGGUCAUAAUUCCCGAAGACUAUUAUUCGCAUAUGGGUCGUCAACUGAAAUUGUCUCCGACUGUUGGAUUUUUCUUGGCUGACGACAUCUCCAAAACAACUAUUUCGACCCCACGGGCCGGCAGUAACCAGUUUUCCGUCAAGGUUUUUAUAAUCACCGAUUAGAGACAAAAUUAUUUUGUGUCAACCGGCCAUAAAAAGGGAUAGAACGACGACUCGGAAGGGCACAACACGCUUCUUCCUGAUGCUUUUGCCGCGACAUUUCAUUGGCGUAGAGUAGCUGUUAAGAUUUGAUUUGGUUGCUCUUCAGCAGUUUUUGACUGUUGGUUUGGAAGAAGGAGCGAUCAGUGGAACGAGGAGUUUGUUGGCCUGACGUUUCCGAUUUCCACUCGAACCCAUCAUCAGAAACAGUUCUUUUUGCGGCGACUGCUUCUGAUGAGGUGUUCGAGAGUUCGAAACGUCAGACCGAUUAACCACCUUUCUCAGCGAUAUCACCAUCUGAACUGCUCCCCAGAACAUUCCUCUUCGCUUCUACCGGUAAUCUACAUGUCUAACACCAGCAUGAAGUUUGCACCCAUUUUAAUGUUUGGUUUGCUUGUAGAUACUGGGGAAUACUAACAUUGUGUCGGUAUAACAGUUAGACCGUAAAUUCCGGCAUGUGGGGGUAGGGACGGUGAAUUACACGUUUAUAGUGAUAGGGAACUUGGGUUGCGCCUACCGCACUUCAUCCCCCCCCCCCCUCCUCCCAUCUGUGCCCGGUGUCGUAACAGAGUCAAAAAAACCGAUGACGGGAGAAUGCGUUGGCAACUGGCGCGGCAGAAACACUCAUCUAGGUGUGCUACAACACUGGCUCGGACCCCACUGAGCGGGAGUGCCAUAAACGUAACAUUAAGGAGCAGUUGCCGUCCGACAUAGUCCACCACUCAGCCACUCCACACAAAUAUACUGAGCAGACUGCGAGGUCCGAGUUAUCCUGUCAGUUUGCAGCUUUUCAAGCCACGGAUUUCAGCGCGUCUUGAUAGAUUUGAGCGCGUCAGAUUGUUUAUAUUGACAUAUAUGCGCUGAGAUUAUUGAACUCGCUCUUUCCACUCCCGGGCACCAGUCCGCCGUUUGAACCAGUCAGUUGUCUGUCGGAUCUGCCAUGUGUGGGAGAGUACCAUUAAGAAAGGACCAUUGUAGUCUGACUCUCAGUCCACUAACCGGCUACUCAACGCGCAAACACGCUGGUCUGACCGCGUGGUCUAGGUUGAAUUGUCAGUUGGCAGCCUCCCAAACCACGGCUUUUGGCGCACCGUGAGUGAGGGAUUAUCUGCCGAGAGUCGACGUCACUGCAUCUAUCCUUUCCCGUGCAUCUGUUGACAGUCCACGACCGUCCACGCUGAGAGCGGUGGCUGACAGCUAAGAACAGCUCUCCUGCUUGUGCCACACGAACAACCUGCCCCCCACAUGCGCACACCAGGAAGAAAUUUGUGAUCUCACAUGCGGCAGAGGAACCACAUGGAGAAGCCGGAGGACAAACUCACUUACGUGAGGGAUUUGUUGUGUGAUGUUAGGGGUGUUAAUGUGUGGUGCGUGUAUUGAUGGGCAAAUGUGUGAUGUUGGAAGGGGGCACUCACCGAUCGUUCUUACAGAACUCACUCGUUCCGUUGUGCCUUACGGGCUCUCCCUCUCUCGAUCGAAAUGGCCAUUCCAGUCUCCCUUGUCUUUGUCGGUAAUAGCAUUCUGCCAAUGUGUGAUGUGUCUUUAGUCUGCGAUUAUUUGCCGCAGAUUUUCGCGAAGGCGCAUGUGGCCGAGUAGGUCCAUGCGAUGGCUAAAUGCGUUAAGACAGUGCGAGCAGCAAAGGUUUGGCGCUGGUCGAUUUGGGUCGUUGUGUUGCUAUUGGUGACCGCGCCGGCCGAUGGGGAGUUGGUAGGGCUGGGGUUGGGAGAAUUGUUAGGUAUGCAAGGUUUGCAAUGUGUGUCGGUAUUGGGGCGUAUUUCGCUGUCAUGGAUACGCAUGUGAACGAGGAGGCCCACGCGGCGUAAGAGUAUGCUGGACAGUGUGGCAGUGAAGGCGGAUAUGGUGAACGUAUGUCGGGCUUCCUGGCACUGGUGCGCCGUUCGCAGUGCGAUGGAUUCGCAAGCCACCGAUCAAACUGAUAAGUGAGGUGAAUGCGCGAACACAAUGAGGACAGGUUGGGACUGAGUCCACAUUCUAGGUGGUUUGGCACGGCGAUAGUAUGGUAGUGAUUGACGAGGCGUCGGGAGUUUUAUCACCGGUAGAGGGAGUGGGAGGAGUUGGUAGUCUUCGCCGUCGUCACGGAGGUUGUGGUGGAGAUAAUGGAGGUUGCAAUGAUCGACGGCUGCGGGACAUUGGUAAUGUGAUCGUCGGUGGUGCGUUGGUAUACAGGUGUCCUCUCUAUACCAAGAUUGACAAUGUCUUGCGUGAGCGGCAUACAUGUUCCUGUAUAUCUGCCAACUUUAUUGAUACUGAUAUGUGGCUUCGUGGACGUCUCUGGUGUCUAUAUUUUUAGUUCAUAUUGAGUUUAGGGGAAGUUGCUGGCCAGAUUCACACACAAGGUGUGACUGCACUACACAACGUUGCAUAGUUUUCGUCAGUUCAUUACCUUUGUCCAAACGUAUCUGCAGUUCUCUAGGAAUGGCGGCUAUUUGUCUUGACUAUACCGGUUUCGCAAAACGUUUAAUAACGCAGACUUGUUUCACCACCCUUGCCAUGCGUGCCCUUCUCUGUAGGUCUUUCGUCGAACUGCCGGAGUCAACCUGGUCCGUUUUUUUGCCUGCGGCCCGGAACAUAGUUAAUGCCUUGAAAUCCAGUUCCGAAGCCAACAACAUGCAUGAUGGUGAGAAAAGUCUAGCAGAUGAAGGAGUCAAGCCAUCAAAGAAGUCCAGAAAGCUCAAAAAUAUUGAACAGGAAUACUCCACAACAGAAAUGUCGAUCUCUACUACCGAAGAAGGCGGAGAAGACGGGGACAUGAAGAUCAAAAAGUCCAAAAAGUCCAGGAAGGGUAAAUCCGAGGAUUCUCAGACAGACCUGACGACAUCUGUUACCGAAUAUGAGCGAGCUCUUUGUUGUGCGCUGGCUAGAAUAUCUGGCAAGAUGAAAGCCAUUGAAUCGAGAUCUCUGUUUACUGCCAAAGCCGGCUUGACUGCAUAUAAACUCACGGUCCCUCCACACGUUACUGCUCACCGCAAGGGACUUGCCUACUCGCUUCUUAACCAGCAGCUUUCUUCUGAGAUCACAGAAAACAUCAAAAGUCUUGCCUUCAUUAAAGGCAGAACCGUAAGUUCUUCGCACCGGACAUCACUUUAAAUGCUGAACAGACCUCCAAAUAGCUGUAAUCUUAUUAUGCUAACGGUUUUUAGAAUUGAUUUGGAGCGUGACUUUCUUUAAUUUAACCUACUGUAUUUUGUGUCAGCAUUAGAUAAGCUGAUCGGAAAACUAAAAGCAGUUCAUUGUUGAAUACUUAAAAGGAACUACGCUAUGUGAGGAUGGUACCCAUUGUGUCUAGAUCUGUCAUGGACUAGCUGUACACCAUUAGAUAUUUCCGGUUCUUACGGUUGAAUAUCUUUGUCCCAAUUGCUGCACGUAAAGGCGAACUGUCAUCCGCGUUUGCACAAUAAUCACACCUGCCUCGGUAGAGUAAAGCGCUAUUUUGCACUGAUGGCAGUCCUUAUUUAAUGACAAGGCAACUUAAGGGGUUUAAGGCCAGUUUUCGGUCGCUUUGUCCAGUUUUAUACUAAACUGAGUUCUCUUUGAUAGCCCCGGACAAAUCUGUCGUCUAAAGGGCCUUCUGUGAGUUAGUUUAACUUAGAUUUACUGCUUUAUCAUGGGCCGCGGGCAGUUGUUGCAGUCGUUCGGUGUAUGGCAUACACCAACCUGGAGUACUUUAAAGUACCUGGGAGUUGGCCAGAUGCCUCAUACGGCUAGAAUAAACUACUUAAAGGCUGGGUUGACUCCUUCAAACAGUUUGGAUGACUCACAUUCAACGGUAUGCGGAUUUAGAAACAGAUUUUAUGUUUCUCGAAAAACUGUCCGUAUUGCCAUCGUAGGUUGUGUUUAAAAUAUGGCCUACGCGUUCAGGUUGGCGCCACGUUUAGUGGCGAGCUUUGUCAAUUUAGACUUUACCGUAUGUAAAGUUAAAAUGUCCUUUCUGCUUUUUUUGAGCUUAUUACCCCUUUUCCUCACCUGGUGAUCACAGUGUGACCUUUUGCUGUAUUUCCGCUUAAAGUCAAAUGCGGUCGGAAUUCAUAAAUGCUGACCUCGUGACGCUGUUUCCCCCACGAAAGCCUUUAGAAGCCCAACGCCAGUUGAUUGCGUGCUUUCAGCCCUCAGCCUUGACCUUGGUCCUUGCACCUGCACAUCCUAAUUGAUCACUCCCCCUACCUCUCCUUUGUCGCUCAUAGUCGUUUCCCUUAAGUAGUUUUUGUAUUGCCGUCCAAGGGUUUCGUAUUUGACGUACCUGAUGUUCAUAACGCUGCGAUUGAAGAGAACUGGCAAAAUCGAGGCGGUUUAAUAUUGGAGAAGUUGACUGACUUACCAGAACUGGAACCUGAGGCAGAUGAGCUCAAUAACGGCGGCGGUGCCGGCGGUUUCCGGCGCUUUUCUGGAGGCGGCCGUGGCUUUCGAGGCGACCGUGGUGGUGGUGGCGGUUGGCGUGGCCGAAACAACUUCGGUGGUGCCCGCCGUUUCGGCUUUGGCAGCGGCGGUCCUCGUCGUUUCAGCACUGGUGGAGGCCGCGGUGGGUUUUCAGGCGAUCGGAAUGGCGGUGCCGGUUCCGAAUUCGGUGCUAAGCGGCCCUUCAACGGUCCUAUGAACGGCGCUUCGAACCCCAAGAGUCGGAGACUGGAUCUGUAG